AUGGGUAUACGGAAAUAUUAUAAUUUUGGCGUUUUAGGUCACUUGGAUACCGAUCUAUCAGCAGUUGGGCUGGAACAAGCUAGGGAUAUUCGGACCCUCAUUAACCAAAGCAAACCAGAUAUUAUUAUUUCAAGUGAUCUAAAAAGAGCUAGAUAUACGGCAUAUGAGAUAACCGACCCGUCUGUUAUUGAACUGGAAUCACGAAUACGUGAAAGAAACUUUGGAUCUCUUACUGGUCGCCCAAGAUCUGAAGUUCAGCAAUUCACAGAAACAAAUUUCAAGACUGGAUUUGAAUGUGAUGGCUGGCGCAACAUUGGUGGAGAAUGUACUCAUGAGAUGGCAAGUCGGACACAUGACUUUCUUCUGGAUCUGUGUUCUCGUCUUGUAGAAACAGGGUGA